AUGACUCACCGUUUCUCGGCCAGGCCUCUUAAACAGCACUCAUCAUACUCCUCAUGUUUAACUAUCAGCCAUUCGCCCACCGUCUGUGCAUUUUUAUGGGGGUGUUGCCUGCCGUUGCUUAUCAAGGAUUAUGUGCUUUCACACAGGUAUCAUCACGACCUGCUAUCGGAGUUCUCCCAGUUCCUACCCGAGGCGGCCCCACUCAACGAACAGAACCAGAACCAGAACGUAAACGUCAACGUGAACCCCAACCAGCACAUCAACCCGCACCAAUCCGUAAACGGUAUACUGUACCGUUCAUCUGAGCCUGAGAGGGUAGAGAGGGAACGCGAAAGAGAACGCGAACGCGAACGAGAUAACGAGCCAAAACAGAUCAUUGAGAAGCCGCCGACCAGAGGCACAGGCACGGGCAGAGGCGGCGGUGGGGGCCGCAGAGGCAAGAGGAAAGAUGUGUACAACACCAUACCCAGCACAGACAUGAUACCAGGGGGACCGGGUGCUUCUAUUGUGACCAGCACACGGAAGCCCAAAGCCGAGAAAGGGCUGGUUGCUAUGACUGGGGUGAUGAGUCAAGAGCCGUACGACAGGGAGCGAGAACCGGCUACUCGAAAGGGCAGCAAAUCUGCCACGACCAACCCUCUGCCGCCGGUAGCGCCCAUGCGCAAUGUGCGUGUGAGCAACACCACGUCACACCACGGAUUCGACGACAUGGCCUUCUUCGACAGUGUGAAGAAGCACCUCAAGUCCAAAAGCGUGUACGAGAACUUUCUACGCACCCUCAACCUGUACACACAGGACCUGCUAGACCGCUACGAAUUGGUGGCCCAUGUGGAGAAGUACAUCGGCCGUUUCCCUGCGCUAAUGGAGCGCUUCAGAGUGAUCGUGGACGUGGGCGGUGUCGGAGGUGAGUGGGCAUGUCUGGGUCCGUGUGGUUGGAUGUAUAAUGACGUCCUGAACGACGAGUUGGUGAUCUUCCCAGUGGGCAACGAUAGUGAGAACUUUGUCCCCAGCGUCAAGAACACAUACGAACAGGCACUCAGCAAAUGCGAAGACGAACGGUACGAGAUGGAUAUGCUGAUUGAGAUUAACAUGUCUACUCUAAGGGUGCUCGAACGGGUGCAAGACAAGAUCAAGAAGAUGACACCUGACGAGGCAAUGCGUUUCCGUUUGGAUGGACGAUUGGGCGGUGCCUCCACAACUGUCCACUUCACAGCUCUCAAGCGCCUGUACGAUACAAGGGUAAAAGAUGUCAUUGAGGGGCUUAAGAAGAAUCCAAAAGAUGCCAUUCCGGUGGUACUGCGAAGACUCAGGGCUAAAAACACGGAGUGGAUGCAGGCACUUAUUGCGAAUGGAAGGCAAUGGCGGAACAUCCACGAGAAGAGUGUGCUAAAGUCCCUGGACGCUCGGGCACCGAACGGCAAGUUCCGCUACAAAGACAAGGAUACUCUCCUGCCCUCACGCAUAGUGAGCGAGAUCGCCUCGGAGACUAGCGGCAGUGCUGGUCAGUGCCAAGCCGAUGAGGGUGUGGAUGUGGGUAGCAGUAGCAAAGGUAGUCCCAAGCGGAGUGUAUUCGAGGAUAAACCAGGGUUUUCUGUAUCUAGGAAACGAACUGACGCCGAUGGACCGAAUUAUAAUGUGUGUAUGAGCGAUGCGGAGGUGUUGGGGGAUGUGGCGGCGCUGGUGAAGCACUGCAUUGAAGCUCCCAGGGAUGGUGUUACUACCACGACGAGUAGCAAGCAAGGCAAGCAGGAGAAAGUGGGGGCACCGAACAACGACAGUAUCAAGAAAGGGUUCGCCGCAACUCCGGCAGCCAAUAAGAAGAAAGCGAUUGACUUCCUACAGGAUAUAGUGCUCUCCCACUUGUCCUUCAAUACAUCAACACAAGACCAAAAGCAGGCGCAGGUCUUGUACUGCGACUCUGUGUGGGUGAGCGUCUUCCGUCUGCUGCAGGUGCUGUACCUGCGCCUGUGCGAAGCCAAGCGCCUGUGUCACCUGGCCAGUGAAGGGAAGGUCUACAGCACCCUCACACUCGCACCCCCCACCCCCCGCCACCCACCCCCUCUGGAGAACACCCAGACACUCACCACAACAGCUGUCAGUGCCAAUGCGAAUGCCAAGAGCGUCAGCAGUGGCAGCGCUACCCCCCGCACGGCUACGCCCAAUGGCACCAGCACAGCCCCUGUCUCUAGGAACGGGUCCAAGCCUGCGUCUCCCGGCCCACCCAGUAUGUUCGGUGGAGUGUAUGCUGGGUUUUCCGAGUUUGUCUACACCAAGUAUCAUACUGCCCCGGGUGUUGCACCCAAACCAUCGCCGGCGGAGUCGCCCGAGGGGCUGUACGCAGCUGUGGUGGCCAAGGCCAAAGACUUUGUCAUGGGCGUAGUAGACCACUCGGUGUUUGAAGACUUCAUCCGCAAUCUAAUUGGUGUGAAGGCGUAUGAGCUGUACUCGCUGGAUCGCGCCGUGCACACGCUUGGCAGUCAGCUGGUGAGUGCAGUCGAAAGCCAGAUCUACAACGCGUUGACCGAUGCGCUGCGUGUGUGCGAAGACAAACUCCAGGGUACAGUUAACGAGGAGACAAGCACCACCCAAUCCCUCCAGGGGACAAUUAAAGAGGACGCAAGCAGCACCUCAUCCCUCCCGGGGACAAUUAAAGAGGACGCAAGCACCACCAAAUCCCUCCAGGAGACAAUUAAAGAGGACGCAAGCACCACCAAUUCCCCAUACACCGUCUACAGCGAAUCAGUGCGAGCGCUGUUAUCCGAACCCGAGGCUCAGCUAUUCCGCAUUGGCUUUUCAUCCAGAGACAGGGCCAUGGACAUCUCAGCCGUCCCUUCUGAAGCGAAUGCAGAUGCCAUGUCGUCUGAUGAGAACUUCGCAUCACAAUACGCAAACAAAAUGGAGCUUGUCACAGGGGCUACGCCGAAGGUGCCGCCAGUCUAUCUGGCCAGGAACUGCGAAGAGGCUGUGGCCGAGAGUGUCGGCGUCAACAAAGUCGCCGCCCGCUUUUGCUUAGCCACGAAUAAGAUGGUGUACGUACGCAACACAUUCGACUUCUCUGUAAGGCCCGACCGUGUAGUCUCAAAACAGACGGACAGAGCCAACAACGGCGGCAAACGCAGACGCACAGCCCUGUUCCCGUGCACCGAUACGAAUAGGAGUGGCAAGCGCAGCAAGAAGAGAAAGAACGAUGCUUCAGAUGGGCUUACGAGCAAUGUAUUGCACAAACGAGUGCGUGCCGAUGGUAGUAAGUCGCGUGUGUUCGAUGAGCGGUAUCAGGCUAGUUUACGGCAGGCAAAUGACGGAUUUGGGGGGCGUGGGGAUGUGAAUACAGCCUUGCAGCUGCUGGGAAAGCUCGUGGACGCUAGUAUGGAGGAACCCACGGGUGCAGAAGUACCCGGGAACGACGAGGGGCCAAGCACACACGAACAAGGGUCUAAUAAAGAGUCUGACAAUGGACCCAAAGAAGGAUCUGUGCAAGAUCACACGGGGGACGUAGCGGUUGAAAAGGCACUUGGGGCGGACAGAGCACAUGACAGGGCACAGCAGGGCGAGGCUGCUAGGUCAAUGGACUCAGGGGAGUCUGACUAUGAGAUGAUACUUGCAGAUGAUGGGGAUGAUGAUUAGUGGUGCCACGUGCGUCAAGCUAUAUGACCAAGCUGCACCUGUGUCCAUUUAUGUUAUGUUUGAUAGUCACUGCCUUGGCAAAAAAACCACAGUAGAGUAUAAUAUUAAAAUGGG